CUCCAUUUCUGUGCGCAGCUUCUUUUUCUUCAGAACUUUGCAAGUCUAGCCGAACUACAGAUUUUCAGAUAUCAUGGCUCCCAAGAAGGAGAAGGCUCCCCCUCCGUCGUCUAAACCGGCCAAGUCUGGUGGUGGAAAGCAGAAAAAGAAGAAGUGGAGCAAAGGAAAGCAAAAGGAGAAGGUGAACAACAUGGUUCUAUUUGAUAAGGCAACUUAUGAUAAGCUUCUAUCUGAAGCUCCAAAGUUCAAGCUGAUCACUCCAUCCAUUUUAUCAGACAGAUUAAGGAUCAAUGGAUCGUUGGCACGAAAGGCAAUCAAGGAUUUGAUGGCAAGAGGUGCAAUCAGGAUGGUAUCUGCUCAUGCUAGUCAACAAAUCUACACCAGGGCCACUAAUACUUGAGAGAUGCUAGUUUAUCUGAGACUAUGUCAAGGCAUGAUUUUCUCAUUUUCUGUCUUAGUUUUUUGUUUAUUGCGAGAUUAAGUACCCAAUUACCUUUCUUCAUGCCAUACUUUUGUCAUCUUAAAAGGGCUACUAUGCCAUAUUUUGAGAUUCAAUUGCGCACAUGUGUCGAUCUUAAAUUCUUAAUCUAUAGAAGUUCAUUUUGAAUCAAAUUCCGUGAUUUCCGUGA